GUUUUUAUCUUUUUUUGCAACAUUUUGAUUUCUGAUGAGAAACAGAUAGUUUCAGUAGAGAGAGAGAGAGAGAGAGAGAUGCGGGCUCAGUCGCUAGUGGCCACGGCGAUGAAACAGGGGAACCCUUUUCAUGGCAGCAAGAGAGCUGCCUCUGUAGUUUCCCAGAAACCCAAUAUUCCAUCCGUAUCGACGCUGCAACUACCGAAACUUUCAAAAACCAAUUCAAUUACCCCAUCCACCCAAACGCAACCGCUGCUGUCUGCGUCUUCUUAUGCCAUUGCUCCGUCCGUACAACACGUCAAAGCUCUGCGGAUUCGACCCACUGCCAAAUUGGGCCUUCUCUCUCUCCUCUUCGUCCUCUCCAUGGCUUUUGCUGCGCUUUUCUCCGUUGCUGUAAUUUGCAUCCCAACUAUCAAAGGUUUGAGAACAUUGGCAGCUGCGGUGGGAAAAUUAUCCAAUGUGGUGUCCCAAGAGGUGCCUGGAACUCUGUCUUCUCUCAAACUCUCUGGCCUUGAGAUCAACGAAUUGACCCAACAGCUUGCCAGUCUCAGGAAAAGUAUUUCCACAUCCCGGUGGGGAAACGAUUCAAAAUGACAAUUUUUUGAUGAUUCAGUUCAUGUGCCUCAUAUGUAGUCAUGUAGGUUUUCUCACUCAACCUCAACUUGGUGUAUGCAUGCUCUAAAUUGUAUAUUUGUAAGCUUAAUCAAGUUUCAAUUUUGAAUAUUUGUAUGUUUAUGAACAAGUUACAGUUCUUAUUUGUGAAGCCAAUACAAAACAAUUUGUGCAAUGAUUAGAACUUGUAGGUCAGGACUCAGGAUGA